AUGCUCAAUUCGGUUGCGGAGACUGUGGAAAAACAGAAGCUACGCGCGAUUGUUUCUCGUAAUCUGGUCGUGUCGAUGGAGAAACGACGUCAAGUGGAACAGCAACAAUUAGAAUUGGCCAUUGAGAAGCAGAAGAGCGAGAAUGAAAGGUAA